AUGGCCCAGUGGGGUCCAAUUUGGAAAGAGGUUGAGCGGAAGACCGGGCUCGACGUCAGCGUGGUUUCUUCAGAUUCGAUGGACAAUGGAAUGAAGAACGCUGGGUUCACCAACAUUACGUCCGAGGAUUACUGUGUUCCCCUCGCGCCCUGA